CACAAGAUUACCCUUUACAUUUUCCCUGGAAACAAAUAUAGACCCAUCAAAAACCAACCCAUCAAGCCAGAGAGCAAAUAGACCAAGAUUCAGAUACACCCACAUAGAGACAACCUACGAGGCCGACGAAACAAGAGAUGAUGAAUUCCAGGGGUUUGUUUGUUGCUCUUAUUCAUCACCAUCGUAAGCUUUCGGCGUCCAAUUUCUUUGCUGCCCCAAGCCAUCAUUAUCAUUUUCUGCAACACCGCCUUCUCCACUCAUUACCAUCCCCAAACCUACUCGUUAAAGCCUUCGCGAUAAAGGAAGAUUAUGAUUUGGAAGUUAAAAGAGUUCAAGGUUUUGGCCUUGUGGGAAUUAGUAAAGGUUUUGUAACCAAUCUUGGUUUUGGCCUUGUCAUUGAUGCUGGAUGAGAAAGACUUCUCAUAUUGAGAUCCUUAGUCCUACGGAGCACCAAACAUGGAUCAGAUCAAUCGUUGCCAGCAAUUUUCUGCGUCACUACAUACUCUGAGCCCUUGUGUUUUUAUGUAGCUAGACACCUUAGGAACAUGAAUCACCGAUUCCCAAAUGUAGCAAUAUCUGAAUUCGUUCUUGAUGCUAAGGCCGACAACUAUAAAAGCACACUGAAAUCUCUUGGUAUUUCCUAUACGCUUUCAAUCUACAAAGAGUUCAUCUAGCAGGGAGAACAAGAGAACUACUGAAGGAAGUGAUGUAGAACGUCCUAAAAAAGGGAAGUCUCAACUGAGUUUGGCACUAUCGGCUGGGCCCCAUCGGUACUCUCAGGUACUAUGCCAUGGGCCGGGAUCACGACCCACCAUGGCUGGGCUCAUAUGGGAUACCACCCCGGGCACCUAGGGCCCGGGGCAAGGCCAGCACAGCCCAACGAUUGACACAACAAGAGGGCUGAUAUGACAUCAGAAGAACCACCUGCGUCCCACAUCGAGGGCAGGGGAGACUCCUUUCCCAUGCUCGAGUAUAAAGGCAUUAGCACAACCACCUUUUACGGGUAAUAACUCCUUUGUCCACUAUUUACUUUUUAUACAUCUAUAUUAGUCUCUCACUCAGGCAUCGGAGAGGCGUAAACCGUCCGGUACGGUUUACCUCUCUAAGCGUGUGUUCUUGAUUCAGGAUUUAGGAGUUGGAUCGGUACCCCAGACGGUAUAGCAUUCUGCGUGAGGUACCCGGAGAAAGCCACCAGAAACAUUGGCGGGCCAGAUAGGGGCGAAUCAUGACCGAGCCGGAAGGAACGGCAGAGGAGGGUAGAAGUGUCGCCCGGGCACUGAUAUUCUCUCCGGGAACCUCGUCACCAGGAACGCCAUGCGUUGGAGUGCAUGGUCUCGGAUCCUUAGACCCGCAAGUCCCGGACCAUGUGGCUCCGGUAUCGGAGUUGGAGUCUAUGCGAGCUGAGAUAGCGGCCUUCAGGGAACAAUCCAGGAUCGAUCGGGAACAACAGAGUACCGAUAGGGAAACAAACCGCCUUACGCAACAGAGAAUACAAGAUUUGGAAGAUGAAAACACAGCACUGGCCCGAGCACUGGACAGGAGGCACCAGCACAACGAGGCACUCACCCAGGCCUUGGCUAGAGCAUCCCAACUAGCGGCAAGCGUGAACGCUACCCCGAUAGCAGGAGAUACCAACACUGCCCCUGCACCUUCUACGGAAGGCGGUCAACGAAUAAUCCAAGUACCGGCAGAAUUGUUCCCGGAAAGCUUGAGGCAUCUACCACCACCACCGUUACCACAGCCCGUUCUGAGUAUCCCCCCGGUAACAGAUGCAAACACGGCAUUACUUAUGCAAAUGAGCAACUCUUUGCAUGCCCUGCAGGCAAGGGUGCAGGCCACAGAAAACAGGGACACCUGGAGAACCAUGACCACCUACGAGGACCGCCCGGGCCCUUUUACCCAACAAGUUAGAGGAGCCAUUCGAGCGGACAUAUCGAAGCCACUGAAGAUUGACUACACGGGAGUUGGAGACCCCUACCAGCAUCUACAGGCCUUCCGAUCGCAAACAAGCGCCAAGGGAUAUACGGAUGAGGUGUGUUGUAAUAUGUUCCAGGAGACUCUGUCGGGGGAGGCUUUGAGUUGGUUCUACGAACUGCCGGUCAGUUCUGUAGGGAAUUUCAAGGAGCUAGCUGACAAGUUUGUAGCUCGAUUCAUCUUACGCACCGAUGGGAUACACACAUUGAAGGGCCUGUUAAAGGUCCAGCAGGGAGAGAAUGAAACUUUGAAGUCAUUUGUAAACCGAUGGCAGGCAGCUACCGCUAAGUGCCGGGACCUUAAUAAGGAACUGGCCGAGCUGGCUUUCAGGAGAGGUUUAAGACGCGGAGAAUUUCUCUAUGGGAUCAACCAUAAUCCUCCAGCUAACUACGACGAGCUGAUGGCCACUGCCAUCAGACACGCCCAGGCCGAAUUCGAAACGUACGGGGACACCCCCAGACCAGAGCUAAGGGUUCACACCCCGGCCUCGACAGUCAGGGAUGAGCCACGGAAGAGGGAAUGGGCCCAUAGUCAUGACAGGUCACCCCAUACCUCGAGCAAAAGGAGCAAAGAGUCCUCGUCCAGGUCUAACAGUUAUGGGACCUCUCACCCUCACCGGGAGCAGAGGGUACAGCAGGCCCCGCGAACACCACCACCACCCCGGUAUGAGGUGUUCACAAUCCUUAACGCUUCAUACGAGACUAUUUGGAAUGAAAGCAAGGAUGAGAUACCGGGCCCACCCCCAAGGAAGUUCCCGAAGAGUAAACUUACCCAGCAAGAUACCGGAAGGUUCUGCACUUAUCAUGAGGAUGCCGGACACAAUACCAAUCUCUGCGUUGCUUUAAAAAAUACUAUCGAAUCCCUUAUCCAGGGGGGCAAGCUUCAACGGUACCUGCCUGCUAAGGAGAUCGGGGCUGUGGACGUGUACGGCCAGAUCUUCACGAUCCACGAUGGGGGCCCGAAAGAGUUACCUCCCCAGAGGAAGAAGCGAAAUUCUAGCUUCGGUCGUCCAGAAGUUUUCAAUUUCCACAAGGCCCCGCAGCAAGACGGUGAUACCGAAUGGACAUCGGUGACAUUCCUGCAGGAGGAGGAGGCCGAUCUGAAGAUGCCCCAUGAUGAUCCCUUCUUAAUCACGCUCCAAAUGGACAACUAUAUAAUGUCCCGGGUGCUCGUGGACACCGGGGCCUCAGUUAGCGUAGUAUUUCGCGAUGCGUACAAAGCUUUGAACAGAGGGAGAGCCAAGCUGUCACAGGAUAAUGAGCCCCUCAUUAGCUUUUCAGGAGAUAUCGUCCAGCCACUUGGAUCAGAUUACCUAUCGAUCACGGUAGGGGAGAGUCCGAAUUGUUCAACCAUCAAAACAGUGUUCAUUGUAGUUGACUGCGCCUCAUCCUAUAAUGCUAUCCUGGGUCGACCGGCACUCUGGCGUCUGAAAACCUUCAUUGCAGGUCACAUGUUGAUGAUGAAGGUGCCAACCCCGGUCGGUAUCGCCACCAUCCGGGGUGAUUAGGCUGCGGCAAGGA